AUGAAAAUCAACACCUUUCUUGAACAACAGCGCUGGAUAAGAGGACCGGAAUUCUUAUGGAAACCGGAAAUUGAGUGGCCUAAAUUCCCCGAAACCAUCAAAGAAAUUUCCCACUGUGAUGAAGAGAUUAAAAUUGUACAAUCCACGAUAGUCGGUCAGAAGGACAUAUUAAAGCGUUUAGAAUAUUUUUCUCAGUGGCAUUCUGUGAGAAAAAUCGUCGCGUGGAUCCUACGCUUGAUGAAGCCAAAAUGCAAACGACUAAUUCCAGAGUCCAAAGGUAAUAUCAAGAAAAGUCUGGAAUCCAAACCUAAGCCCAUUACAGUCGAUGAAAUAGAGAAGGCCGAAGCUGUAAUCCUGAAACUUACCCAAAAGGAUGCUUUCCUCAACGAGAUCGUUGCCUUGAAAGAAGUAUUGGCAGAGAAUCACACCGAUAAUAGAGCAAAGAAAAGAAGUGAAAAUUUGAAGAUCAAGAAGACCAGCUCCUUGUUUCGACUAGAUCCAUAUAUCGAUGAACACGGUCUGUUACGUGUGGGUGGCAGGCUGAGCAAAUCAACGGAACUGUCAGAUGAUGCUAAGCACCCGGUGAUUUUACCAAAGAAAAGCCAUGUUACUACACUCGUUAUCCGUCAUUGUCAUGAGAAGGUCGCGCAUGCGGGACGAGGUAUUACUUUGAAUGAGCUAAGAAGUAAAUAUUGGGUAAUAAAUGCAAACUCGAGAGUAAGACAUUAUAUAUCCAAGUGCGUUGGAUGCAGGAGAUUACGGGCUGCGGUUUCUCAGCAAAAGAUGGCCGAUUUACCGGCGGAUCGAGUUACACAAGCACCACCGUUUACUUACUGUGCUGUGGACUAUUUUGGUCCCUAUUACAUUAAAGAGGGAC